AUGUCCACUGCUUCCAAACCAGUGGAUGGAUGCAUUGAUUGGUCAGUGGAUCUCAAGACAUACAUGGCUUUGGCAGGCGAACCAGUCCGAGUGAAAUGUGCCCUUUUCUACAGUUAUAUUCGCACCAACUAUAGCAUGGCCCAGAGCACAGGGCUCAGGCUUAUGUGGUAUAAAAACAAAGGUGAUUUGGAAGAGCCCAUCAUCUUUUCAGAGGUCAGGAUGAGCAAAGAUGAAGAUUCAAUAUGGUUUCACUCAGCUGAGGCACAAGACANNNGAUUCUACACUUGUGUUUUGAAAAACUCGACAUAUUGCAUGAAAGUGUCAAUGUCCUUGACUGUUGCAGAUGAAUCAGGCCUGUGCUACAAUAGCAGGAUCCGCUACUUAGAAAAAUCUGAAGUCACUAAAAGAAAAGAGAUCUCCUGCCCAGACAUGGAUGACUUUAAAAAAUCUGAUCAGGAGCCUGAUGUUGUAUGGUAUAAGGAAUGCAAGCCAAAAAUGUGGAGAAGCAUAAUAAUACAGAAAGGAAAUGCUCUUCUAAUCCAGGAAGUUCAAGAAGAAGAUGGAGGAAAUUACACUUGUGAACUUAAAUAUGAAGGAAAACUUGUAAGACGAACAACUGAAUUGAAAGUUACAGCUUUACUCACAGACAAGCCACCGAAGCCAUUAUUCCCUAUGGAGAAUCAGCCAAGUGUUAUAGAUGUACAGCUGGGUAAGCCGCUGAAUAUCCCUUGCAAAGCAUUCUUUGGAUUUAGUGGAGAGUCUGGACCAAUGAUCUACUGGAUGAAAGGGGAGAAGUUUAUUGAAGAACUGGCAGGUCACAUUAGAGAAGGUGAAAUAAGGCUACUCAAAGAGCAUCUUGGAGAAAAAGAAGUUGAGUUGGCACUUAUCUUUGAUUCAGUGGUGGAGGCUGACCUGGCAAAUUAUACCUGCCAUGUGGAAAACCGAAAUGGAAGGAAACAUGCCAGCGUUCUGCUGCGUAAAAAGGAUUUAAUCUACAAAAUUGAGCUUGCAGGAGGUGUAGGAGCAAUCCUCCUUCUCUUUGUACUGUUCGUGAUCAUCUACAAAUGCUACAAUAUUGAACUGAUGCUCUUCUACAGACAGCAUUUUGGAGAUGAUGAAACUACUGAUGACAACAAGGAAUAUGAUGCCUAUCUCUCUUACACAAAAGUGGAUCAAGAUACUUUAGACUGUGACAAUCCUGAAGAAGAGCAGUUUGCUCUUGAAAUACUGCCAGAUGUCCUAGAAAAACAUUAUGGAUAUAAACUAUUCAUCCCAGAAAGAGACCUGAUUCCAAGUGGAACAUACAUUGAAGAUCUCACAAGAUGUGUUGAGCAAAGCAGAAGACUUAUUAUCGUGCUAACAUCAAACUAUAUUCUCAAACGAGGAUGGAGUAUUUUUGAAUUGGAAAGCAGACUCCAUAACAUGCUAGCCAGUGGGGAAAUCAAAGUGAUCUUGAUUGAGUGUACAGAAUUAAAAGGGAAGGUGAAUUGCCAGGAAGUGGAAUCACUAAAGCACAGCAUCAAACUUCUGUCACUAAUCAAGUGGAAGGGACCCAAAAGCAGCAAAUUAACUUCUAAGUUUUGGAAGCACUUAGUAUAUGAAAUGCCCAUCAGGAAAAAGGAAGUACUUUCUCGAUGCCAGAUUCUGGACUCUGCAGAACAAGGACUUUUUGGAGAGCUCCAACCUAUACCCUCUAUUGCCAUGACCAGUACCUCAGCCUCUCUGGUAUCAUCUCAAGCUGAUCUCCCUGAAUUCCACCAUUCAGAUUCGAUGCAAAUGAGGCACUGUUGCAGAAGUUAUAAACACGAGAUGCCAACCACCACCUUGUCUGUACCUUCCUUAAGCAACCACCACACUUACUGUAACCUGCCUCUGAAGCUACUCAAUGGACAACUACCACUUAAUAAUCCCCUGAAAGAUACCCAGGAAUUUCAUAGAAACAGUUCCAUGCUACCUCUAUCACCCAAAGAGCUUAGCUUCACCAGUGAUAUUUGGUAG